AUAAUGAUGUUUAAAAUUAUAGGAAUUAAUACAUAUUUGUUGUUAUUCUCCCAUCUGUGAAUUAUGUGUUCACAUGAUUGUUGAAGUCUCGCGAGACUGGAAAUUGGAGCGUAGUGCAGCGUGGUUUGCCGAGUGUGAACCGAGUGAAGUUAUUUGUAUUAUCGAGGAGGGAGGACGGUUAACAGUGCAAGGGGGUGUGUAUAUCUGGGGCAGUGCGCUCAGUGUGUCUGAUCCAGCAAGCUGGCGGAAUUCAAUAUGGCAUCCGGCGAAACGCUGUAUAUAGAAACGGAUGGCUCGGAGAUGCCGGCGGAGAUAGUGGAACUUCACGAAAUAGAAGUAGAAACGAUUCCCGUGGAGACUAUUGAGACUACAGUGGUCGGGGGAGACGAUGAUGACGAACACCAGCCUAUGAUCGCCCUGCAACCGCUUGAUUCAGACGACCAUCACCACCAAGAAGUGAUCCUAGUCCAGACCCGAGAGGAGGUUGUCGGCGGGGACGACUCAGACCUCCGUGCAGACGAUGGAUUUGAGGAUCAAAUCCUUAUUCCCGUCCCCACUUCUGGGGCCGAGGAGGAAUAUAUCGGUCAGACUCUGGUUACUGUUGCAGGGAAAAGCUCCAUAGGGCGGAUGAAGAAGGGGGGAGGCAGUAGUGGCAAGAGAGCGGGCAAAAAAAGCUAUCUAAGCGCCGCAGAAGCCACCGGAAGAAAAUGGGAGCAAAAGCAAGUCCAAAUAAAGACACUGGAAGGAGAAUUUUCUGUUACGAUGUGGGCAUCAGAUGACAAAAAAGACAUAGACCAUGAGACGGUGGUGGAGGAACAGAUCGUGGGGGAGAAUUCCCCUCCUGACUACUCGGAGUACAUGACCGGGAAGAAGCUGCCCCCGGGCGGUAUUCCCGGGAUCGACCUCUCGGACCCCAAGCAGCUGGCAGAGUUUGCAAGCCCCCACAGGUCAGACCCACGCUGGAUGAAGCCACGGAAGGUCAAAGAGGAUGAUGCGCCCCGGACGAUAGCAUGCCCUCACAAGGGCUGUACGAAGAUGUUCCGUGAUAAUUCAGCGAUGCGGAAGCACCUUCACACCCACGGCCCUCGUGUGCAUGUGUGUGCAGAGUGCGGAAAGGCGUUUGUGGAGAGCUCCAAACUCAAGAGACACCAGCUAGUACACACCGGGGAGAAACCCUUCCAGUGCACAUUUGAGGGCUGUGGGAAACGCUUCUCUCUGGACUUUAACCUGCGGACGCACGUGCGCAUCCACACAGGGGACCGGCCCUACGUCUGCCCCUUCGACGGCUGCAACAAGAAGUUCGCCCAGUCCACCAACCUCAAGUCCCACAUUCUCACACAUGCGAAAGCCAAAAAUAACCAAUGAGCCUGCUUCUCUCCUCCCUCUUCUGUCCUCUCUCCUUUCCUAUCCUUUCUCUCUCUCUCCCUCUCUCCUUUUUCUUCUCUCUCUCUCUCUCUCUCUCUCUCUCUCUCUCUCUCUCUCUCUCCCUCUUCUCUCUGUCUCUCUCCCUCUCCCCCCCUCCUUCCAUACGGUUUCUUCUCUCCCCACCCUACCCCUACCGUCCUGGUAGUAGUGACUCAAGGACGUCUUAAAACUCGCCCCAACGAACCUGUAGACAUUUUGAUAACUUAUAUAAACGUGGGCAAGAGACUUAAAAGGAAAAAAAAAAAAGAAGUUCAAGUCUUCUGCAUUCUCCCUCCUCUGAAGCCCCUCCACCCCCCCUACACCCUCCCCCACCAAAAGACUGGCGCUGUAAGGGGGUCUGGGCACCAUGGAAACAACCUUUGACCCCUCCCGCCCCGUCCUGCCCUUGCUGUAUGGAACUCGUGGACAUUUGUCGUCAAGCUGAGCAUUCUUGUCCUUCCUCAGACAGAAACAUGUGGACUGUUACAGUGCUCAGGCCCUUUCUCUCCACUCUCUCACUGGUUUGUGGUUUGUAUUGAUUUUUUUUGUGUUUAGUUUGCCCUCUCCUCCUCUUCUGCUCUCUCUGCAUAGAUGGCGUAGGCCUUUAACUGAGCGAAUGACCGAUUGCUCUUCCAGUGUGCAUAUUGUACACUGGCUUCCUCUCCCCGGACACUAAGUUAGGGUGUGACCUAAGGUCACGAUUUGUGUCCCCCUCAGAACAGUCUCCAGCGCUCCGAUGACCCCCAUUCAGAUGUGGCGCAGUUGCUCUGAGACAAGCUUCAAAAGAAUCCUUAGUUAACGUGUAAAGAGUUUUACUUUUCUCAUGCCUCCUCCUCCUCGUGUGUGUGUGUGUGUGUGUGUGUGUGUGUGUGUGUGUGUGUAACUGUACAGAGUGACUGGUGCUGAUCAUGUUAAAAGGUAGACCACUGUGUUAGACUGAGUGUAAACUGCCCCAAGACCCUUCUGCUCGUCAUGAAUUGCUUUUGUUUGUUUGUCACGGUAUGUUUUCCACAGGGAGGGGGGAGUCUGGAUAAACCCAUGCUAGUUCACCUCCAGUCCAUCAGUUGAAUGACAGACCUUAAAAAAAAAAAUGUUUUUUUUCCUCUUUCUUUGUUAGAAUGUAUUGUAAAGGCAUCGACCAUGAAAAUCCUCUUUGUUAAUACUUUACUGACACACUCAUGUACUUCAGUGACUACAAUUAAAAAAAGACACGGUCCCUACUGUUUUA